CGAGCUACACGAACGCAAUAUGUCAACAAAUCGUGGAAAAGCUAUCUGGUCUUGAGAUAUUUUUAUUUGAACAGCAUUUCCAUGACGAUUUCGUUGAGAGAAAGGGCAGCUUCGCGAUAUAUGCAAUGGAAAACUACAGUAAAGGAGAGAAUGUUGAGCUUGAAUUGGUCUUGAAGGUACCAGGUUGUUUAGAGCAGACGUCCCACGUGAAGGUGAACCCAAGCUCGAAGUUAAGGGACACUAUAAGCAUUGCUCUUGAUAAGUUAAAAACAGAAACACAGCUGCUCUUUGUUGGUUCUGGGCCAGCUGCAGGUAAAGCUGUGUCGUGCGCAGAGAUCACCAAAAAACGUGUGAAGAAUCUUCACCAAAUCACUCACCUCUGUUAUAGAAAAGUACAAGAAUACUGGGACCCUAAAUCGGAUGGGUUAGACCGUCUCUGCGUAACGAGAGAAAUCCCAACAGUUGCAAUACUCCUUUCCAAAGAACCUCUUGACAGCUCACUUCCAGGAUACCAAGCUCCAGGUUCCGCAGGAGAUGAGUUUUGGAAAAAUGACACCCAAAUUAAAAGGAGGAGGAAUCUUAAUAGCACAAAAGACCAGAAGAACCGACACCAAGGGAAGCAGGGUAGCGCAUCAUCAAAUCCACGAGAAAAUCACAGAAAUCACAGAUCUCGUAAUGAUAAAGGGGACAAGCAAACAGGAAAAACAGAACAAGGAGAAAAGAACAAGAAGACACAUGAGAGCUGACGAAUUACAGGGACAAUGCUGCAUGGGUACUGAUAUGUGCUAAAUAACUGUCCAUUGAUCGUCCUUUUUUUGUGUGUGUGUGUGUAUGCGUUUUUGUGUAUGUGAAAAUGUUGUUAUCAGUACUCUGUUAUUACUGAAUUAAUUAAGUAGAAAUAUGUUGAAUUAGAGAGUUAUGUUUAUGUAGCACAAUAAAGCACAAUUAAUUAUGUUUGUUCAUAAGGAAAAAAAUUACUUUUCAUUAUUUAUAAUUGAUGUAUGGCCAGGGAACCCAGUACUUGUAUAAUAAUUAUGUUCCUAUUCAUUAGGUCUGAUACUUAAAUAAGAAUAUUCAGGGGAAUAUAAUGUAAAAAAAAGAGAAACUGUAAUCAUCAUAUUACAGUGAAACGGUUGUGAUAUCUAGAGUUAAUUACAGCAAUUAAUUAUGAAUUUUAGCAUUUCUUUAACCGAUAUGGCAGUCAUGUAGUUUCAAGACCAUACCUUAAAUAUACUCUUUACAUAGUUAUUUAUUAGGUAGCCAUGAUAAUAUACAAUCAGAAUCAUUUCUUUCUUAAUAUUAUUUUAUGUACACAUAAACAUUAAACCUUUUCACAUUUA